UGUGGGUCUGCAGCUCAUUUGGAAGGCGACUUUGAGGAGAUGGAGAGCAGACUGGUCUACCUGGAGACUCUGUGUUGUCAGUGUGAACAACAGACGGUCAAACAACAUCACGUCAACCAACUAGAAGUCUAUAAGAAAAAGAAGAGGUUAACUAACAUAUCGGACCAGGAGGCUCUGGAUGACUUCCUCAACUCCACUAAUGAUGAUGACAUCAUUAGUGGAGCACAGGAUCAUCACAGCACAGGAUCAUCACUGACCUCAGGUCCAGACCUCGAGUCCUGCUCCUCUGAAUCUUCGAGUAGCCAAUCAACCCGAGCCCCUCCCACAACCAGCCAAGCGUCCAACCAGGACGCGGAGUGGGAGAAGGACGAGGAAGCGGCCAGUGAGGAGAGCGAUGAGCCUCUGGUGCAGUCGGACGAAGAGGAGGUCCAGCCGGACAUGUCGCUGGUCGGCUUACAGGACGUUGGCGCAAGAAGGGGCUCCGACGAGAGCGACCCCGCAGGGGACCUGUCCUCCGGGUAACCUAGCAACCAGGCACCUUGAAUACUGGGUAAACACUGACUACUGUUACCCCUCUGGUGCCCUCUUGAUUUGACUUGACACGGCUCCCAUCUCCAGCCAACAUGAGCAGCACUUCACUGCUCCUUUCCUCUGAGGUUUGAAACAAACGUGCCCUCUGGUGUUCAGAUGUUAAGGACAGUUGUGCUGAGCUGUCACUCAGUAGUGCUAACUAACUGAGACCUUGUCUAUUCACUGUUUACCCAAAGAAAUUGAUUUAAAAAAAAUAGAGAAGCACCGAUACCAUUUUUUGCUUCCCGAUUCUGAUACCUGAACCUACGUGUCAGCCGAUACGAGUACUGCUCAGAUACCAGUGCGUAAAUAUCCCAAAAAGUUAAACAGCUCAUAAUUCCCUCUCAAAUACAUAUUUGAUAUUGUUGUGAAAACAUCUCCUUCAAACAACUGUCUUUAUUCAAGUUUCUAGUCAAAAACUACAUUUUACCAGACUAAAUUUGAACACAUCAUACUUACCUUAUUACAUUUGCCCAAAUCUCAUUUUUUCUGAAUAGAGCUUGAACGCAUCAUGAUGUUACUCAAUGCAACCUCCGAUCAGCUGACGUGUAUUAGCUCUCCUCCUGCCGAGUUCAACACACAGAUUUGUUGUUCACAAUGUAGCAUCAUCAGAGAAAACAUA